AGAGAAACACUAGAGCGAGCCCAAGCCGAUCGAACCCGACCCGGCUUCCUAAUCCGCCGAACCCCUCCCUCCCCUACUUCCCCUCUCGAAGCUUCGCGAACUCCUCGCCUUUUCCCUCUCGUCUCCUUCCUCUGAUACUCUCUCUCUCUCACUCUCUCUCUCUCUCUCGCGUCGCCUUUGUGGUCGCUAAUGGCGGCGGAUCUGGAGAGGAGGGCAAGGGAGGCGUUCGUCGACGACAACUUCGAGCUCGCCGUGGAUCUCUACACGCAGGCCCUCGACGUCGACCCCGGCAACGCCGAUCUCCUCGCCGAUCGCGCCCAGGCCAACAUUAAGCUCCGCGACUUCACCGAAGCUGUUGCAGAUGCUAAUAGAGUGAUUCAGUUAGAUCCUUCGAUGGUCAAAGCUUACUUGCGUAAAGGGAUUGGUUGUAUGAAGCUUGAAGAGUAUCAAACUGCGAAAACAGCUCUUGAAGCAGGUGCUGCAUUGGCUCCAGGAGAUUUGAGAUUCACUCGAUUGAUUAAAGAAUGUGAUGAGCGCAUUGCAGAGGAAAAUAGUGACCUGCCAAAGAGAUCUAUGCCUAAUACUGUAACUGGUACUGUGUCUUCCAAUUUAAAUAUGGAGAAUGACAAGGAUUGUCCGUUGCCGAGUAAUUUAUCCCUUCAAUCUGUGGUGAUUGCAAGCAACCCAAAAUUCAGGCAUGACUACUACAAUUCUCCAACAGAGGUUGUUUUGACCAUUUUUGCUAAGGGCAUACCUGCUGAAAAUGUGUCUGUCGACUUUGGUGAACAAAUACUUAGUGUUGCUAUAGAUAUCCCUGGGGAAGAGAAAUAUCAAUUUCAACCACGUUUAUUUGCAAAGAUCGUACCAGCGAAAUGCAGGUAUGAUGUCUUGUCUUCAAAAGUUGAAAUUCGUCUUUGGAAGGCUGAACCUAUUACAUGGACAUCUUUGGAAUUUAGUGACAAGAGAGCAGUUCCACAAAAGAUGAGCAACAUCCCAGAUUCAGCUUCACAAUCUCAAAGACCAUCCUACCCCUCUUCCAAAUCCAAAAUCGACUGGGACAAGCUAGAAGCCCAGGUGAAAAACGAGGAGAAAGAGGAGAAGCUCGACGGUGAUGCUGCGCUGAGCAAGUUCUUCCGGGAAAUAUAUCACGACGCUGAUGAGGACACCAGACGGGCGAUGAGCAAAUCCUUUAUUGAGUCGAACGGAACGGUACUGUCCACAAACUGGAAAGACGUGGGUUCGAAAAAAGUCGAGGGGAGCCCACCUGAAGGUAUGGAACUCAAGAAGUGGUAAUUCUGGUCUCGUCCGCAGUUCCAAUUCGGAUAUUUGGCCGGCUCUACAUGGUCUACCUCGGCGCCGUCGUAGUUGUAUAUUUCUUUCUGGAAUUCAGAUCCCUCCACAGAGCAACUAAUGUGCUUUUCUUUCCCAUGUAAUCUUAAAUUUGUCAUUAGUAUAAAGUUAUUUAAAAUUCUUGUUUCUAGUGAGACAUGGUUAUGAAAUGAGACUCAGAGAUCAAUAUGAUAGCCUAGUCGUAAUAGAACAAAAAUCCCAUCAGAGUGGAUUCAUGUUUAUUUUAGUCGGGUACGGUCCUAAGACGAGAUUUGUAUUUGUUUUAAAUAUUAUCAGAACAGGUGAAAGUUAGAUAAGAAGGUAUUGGAACUAUC